AUGUCGAAGGCAACAACAAUCAAGGAAGCGCUGAAACGUUGGGAAGAUCGGGAGCAACAAAAUUCGCUGAAUGCUAAAAAUAUUGAUUUGCAGUUUCAAUGGCCACCUAUCGAGAAAAUGGAUAAUACGUUGGGAACUCUUGUGAACUGCGAAAGAAUCAGCAUGUCCACAAAUAUGAUUGAGAAAAUCUUUGGUCUGUCAGGCAUGAAAUGCUUGAAGGUUUUAUCGCUGUCUCGGAAUUAUAUCAAGCAAAUAUCGGGAUUGGAAGCUGUGGCAGAAACACUGGAAGAACUCUGGCUUAGCUACAACCUUAUAGAAAAACUGAAGGGUUUGAGUGCACUAAAGUGCCUGAAGGUGCUUUACAUCAGUAAUAAUUUAAUCAAGGAAUGGUCGGAGUUUAAUCGACUGGCCGAAAUAGAAUCUCUGGAAGAUCUAGUGGUUGUUGGCAAUCCCCUGUCGGAGGGCCUAGACGAGCCCACUUGGCGAGCUGAGUGUAUCAAACGCCUGCCAACUAUACGAAAACUAGACGGCGAGCCCGUUGUGCUCAAAGAGGAGCCAAUACUAUAAAUAGCUUAAACUAACUAAGUAUAAUAAACUAUGAAAAUAUCUAAUAAUAUAUGAUGA